GCCAGAUGGUUUAUUGACAUUCGGAAAGAGUAAGCAUGAUGUAGCGGCGGAACCGCACAUCAUCGAGCUGGACCCGUUAGCAUCAGACGAUUGUUUAGAUGUCCUCUCACCCGAAGAUCUGUUCCUACUGACCACGACUGUGGAACCGGACACGAUGAAUACGGGUGACGCUGAACCAUCGUCUGGUUUGAAUGGAAGAUUGAGACCCAGAAAAUCUAAUAUACCUAGUCCCAAAACUGCUAAGAACAUCCGCAAGCUCGAUACCAAACCAGCUCUGGACAAACCCAAGAGAACAAGCACCCCCUCCAAAGCGUCUUCAAAUAAACUAGAUGAUCUCACUGCGAAGGCUGACUCACCUGAAACUCAAACUCUUUGCCCCUAUUGCGAUAAAACUUUUUUCGCCGAUAAGGCUCUUUCCAAACAUGUCCAUCGCUUACAUCUUUCGAAUUCAAAACUGGACAGCACGAUCACAUGCCUCUUCUGCACCCACGUUGAAAAAGAUGCUAAUGACAUUAUACGUCAUAUGGUUGAUAACCAUCCUAACCAAUACUUCGCUUGUUAUGGUUGUCACACUAGAUUCCCUUCAACUACCGAGUUAGCAGAACAUAAACUCAACAUUUGCGAAAAACAAGAGUUACCAUACCGUAACAAAUUACGCCAAAAAGAAAUCUUAAAAAAGAGUAUUAACAUCAACGGGCGGAAUGACUUCGGGGACGAUAACAACGAAUUUUCAAAUGAACAUGGCUUUAACGGUAUCGUAAUUUCCUGCGAACUAAAAUCUUCUCACGGCCAUGACCUCGCUGACAUAGAAGAUAACAUAACUACGAAUUUCAUUUUGCCACCUGGAAAGAGUUUAGUAAACGGCACUGUCAUAGAAAAGAAUGCAGUAAUCAUAUUAGACGACUUGCAAUGGAACAAAAGAAUUCCACCAAAUUUUUCAUUUCAAAGCACUGACGCCGACCAAAUACUCUCGAGGCUAGGAGUCGUUCAUAGAUCCCCUCGGACAGGGGAAUCACAUGGCAGGGAAUGGUUAAAAAAUAACGACGAAGCUCAUCAAAAAUUCGAGAAAUGUUUCGAUACAAGUUUUUAUUCAAAGGUGGCAAGCAAUGUUCAAGAAAACUUGUCCAAAUUUCUUGAUGGUUCCUGCAAUUUUAAUCCUGACCCGGAGAAUACAAUAAAAACCAGAAAAGCUAAAAACAUCGUUGCGAUUAAUACCGUUGAAGGAUUUCCAAUAUUAUUGGCAUGUGAGCAGUUCUCACGUAAUGGCUUCGAUGGAUACAUGCCGCGGGCUAUAGCACCCAAACACAAAUGGAAAUGGGACAAUCUUGAAAGCGAUAAAAGCCUCAUGAGCCCUGAACACAUCAAACGCGACUCUCACACCAAUAACUGUAUUAUAUCAUUAGUUUCCAGUUUGGAUAUAUGGACUCAGUUAUGCAUGAGGCGCAAGUUUGAAAUAAUAUUCAAUAAAACACCAGUGCAAAAAAAGACUGAAAGAAAAAGCAUAAUAGGAAAGGAGUUGAAAGAAAUACUCGAAAGUAGAGAUUUGCCAGCAACUUCAUCUCAGGUAGUCAAGUUUAGGGGCCCUCCAGCGCCUAGAAGGUCGAGUGUGGAGUUCCCUGCCUCUCUGGGGUUGAUACCCACUACAUCAAGCUUUGACCUGAAGCCGGCAGUUUUAAGUGGAGAGUGGGUUCGGCCGCGUUGCUACGUUUGCUGCGCGUGUGGGGCACAAACACACGACUCCAAAGCUCUUUCCUCUCAUAUAUCCAUGCGGCACCCAAACGCUCAGAUACAACACUAUGAAAUUGUCGGAGAAGUGCUUCUGAACUCUGAUAUAUUAAAGCACUUGUAUGUGCCACCGAGACAGAUGAAUAACCGAUCUCGCCCUCUUCGCGGAUUAAGAGAUUGCACAAAGUGUAAAAAGACAAUUUCGCUUGAAGAUUUGCAUCAACAUAUGCUUGACUGUGCGGGAGAUGCGCCUGCAGUUCGUAGGAAAUGUAGAUAUCGACCAUUCGGAGUUCGCAAGCGACGCACGCGUCUUCCUGAUAACACAAUACGCGAUAAGAUAAGAAAAGAUAUUCGAACGGGGCACAGUCGCAAGUCUCACAUGAGAUCCAGACCGAGAAGGAGAACUGAGGUCGGAGAUGCCGAGACCAUACGAAAAAUGUUAGCGGAUUUACCUCCUAAACGACACCGUGUUAUGGUAAAACCAGCCAAUCCCACAUUACGUCCUCGAAGAAAUCUUCAAAAUCCAAGAAACAAACUAGUCAUGAAAAAGAGAAUGAUUGAAGAAACCAAAAAAUCGCAAGAAGCUAUUUCGACACAUGUCAGUGGUGCGAGUGUAGGCGCUGAAGGUUCCAAAAAGAGUUUAAACGAUCCUAACCGUCCGCAUUUAAGACCGUUUAAAAACGCUGUUACUCGCGUGGCAUCCAAAAUAUUACGUAAAAAGGAUAUUUUCACCAAAAAUACUAUACAUAAAUCUCAAAGAAAAAUUGCCCGACAAAAAGACAGAACCGUAAGUGUACCAUCUGAUGGGGAAGUUCCUCUGACAGACAGUGGGAAAGGCAAUAUUCAAAUAGACCAAUUGUCUAUUGAAAACAAUCCUGAGAGAAUAAACCUAAAUGAUGGUUCUAACAAUUCCAGAGAACACGGUGACCGAUCCAACAAUAACUCCAAUAACAGAGACAACCAAAUUCCCGAAGCUAACAACGGCCAGGGUAACAACAAUCGGGAACCUUUUGCUCCACCACAAAAUGUCCCUCUUAAGCAUUCAAUCGCAAGUCUGACUGCAAGCUCUGAGACUCACGACAAGUCUGUGCAGUUUCAUCAUCUAUUUUUGGUCCAGCAGGAAUGUAACAAUGUUAAUCAACAUUUACCAGCUGGGCAAAGAAUGCUUUUUGAAAAUGAAGCUGUUGUUACCAAGUUAGAUAAACCACCUUUACACUUUGACAAUCCUCGACCGAUAGAUCUUCAAGCCCUUCAGAAAAACAAGCUGGCUAAACCAAGAAAAAAGUUAAAUGAUUGUAUAGCGAUGUUGAGGAAUAAACUUGUAGAACCAAAUACAAGUAUAUUGCCAGGUCAUGUCUCUGUUCAGUGUGGGGAUGAUGAACCUCUGGCACCAGAGCCGGUGACUGCAGAGCGACGACAUUCUACGACUGAAUUAAAAAUCGAUUACCCACAAGUCACACCACCAGAUUAUCAGCCGGCGCCAAUAAUACCAAUAAAAGCUACUGAAGAUAAUGUGCAAAGUGUGAGUACCAAGAGUAAGACAACCCGCAGAUCUAGCUCCGCACGACGCGGACAGAGUCCCCGAAGCAACCAAACUGCAGAAAUGUUGUCUUGUAACGAAUUGCUCCAAUGGAGGCAGUUUUGUUAUGGAUCUCAAAUGUUAGCUGCACAGAAUAUUACCGAAAAUUAUAACAAACGUGAAUUACGUCGCCGAAAUUCUCUUGUAUCCACCGAUGAACUAUUGCUUCAACAUGCUAUGAGUCUUGAACUAUUAAGUAAAAGCAAUGAACUAGCGAAAUUCGCUGAAUAUCAGCACUAUCCAAGUGUAUCAACUCACCAGCAGCCUAAGAAAACUAACCGCAAAACUAGCCAAAAAAAUAAAGCAACUACCAAAAAUCAAACAACGAGAUCCAGGGCUAAAAACCGAAACGAACUGAAUAAGAAUAGUUCGACGUAUGAAAAAAAUAUUGCAGAAAUGGGUAGUACUAAUACCAAACAAAGUUAUCGAAAUAAAUCCACAAAUCCCACAUCUACAAAAAGAAACAAUGAUAAGCGUCAUAAAAAAAGUGUCCAAUCAAGUAAUACAGCGGCUUUAAUCGAAAGUAGAGAUUUGUCAGCAAAUAUCCAUGCUUAUCCUCAAGGAGCUAUGCCAGAAGAUAUACCAACUAAUUUUAAUAUAGAACAAAGAAUACUACCUGUAAAUAACUCUCCGCUAGAACAUCACACACAGAACGUAGCCGCCACACCUAUCGUAGAGUAUACGAGUAAUAAUGGAUUUUCUCCUGUACAAUACAUUAUUAACAACAAUAUCGAAGCCGAGCCGAUAAAUAUAAGAGACCUGAAUGACCCAUUAAAUUUAUCAAACAAAAUAUUUGACAACAUAAAUCCGGUUCAGCACCGCACACAACAAUACGCAACACAAGAACAAUUUUCUGUCGCAGCUUAUGACACUUAUGAGAGUUUAGAUUUAUCAAACAGAAAUUUGGGUCAUUUGAUCACCAGAGACACGAAUAGAAACAAUGAUGACAUAGUCGAUUUGCGUAUCAACUACGCACUUCAUGAGACUUAUCAAUCGAGAUACACACCACUACCUUCUGAAUUAGUUAGUGAUCAAGUAAUAGAAGAUAAUGCUACAGAUUUCUCCUUCAGACGUGAUGAAGAAUUCCCUACAGAUUUAUCACUAAGCCGAAGCGAUUACAUUAUGCCUACACCCUAUGACAAAAUGACAGAAGGUCACAGACGUUUACCAUUGAAAUAUAUGAGAGACUUAUCUCACCCGAUCAGACAUGCUGAUGGUCGGUGUUUUGUGAUGCAAGAGUAUUAUGAUCCAAAUACCCACAGAGUUAUGGUGGUUGAAAAACAGAUUUCCGCUGACUUGCCCGAGUUCAGAGGCGUGAAUAGGUUAAAUAUCAUGGAAGAACCUUUGCAUCUGUAUUCAAAUAAUGCAGAACCGAAUGAAGAAAUUGGUCCAACGGAUUUAUCUACCAAGAGUGGGUCAUUUAUGGUACCAACAGGUGCUAUGAAUGACAAUGUUUGUCAUUAUGAUAACUAUGAUGCCCAACAAGCGCCAAAUUGUAUGAAUACUGAUCAAAUGAUAAACUUUCAUUAUGAUCGGCCGAUACGAACCCCUCCUACUUCAAUUAUGUAUUGUGAUCCAACAGAACAUUUUGGGGCGGUCUCAAAUACAGCGCUGACACCAGUAUCACUGGGUAUACCAAUGAAUGAAACUUCAAUAAAUCAAAAUAUAAACUACGAACAAAUUGAUUACUCGCAUUCUGAUAUGCCGUUAAACUUAGUUUCAAAUUCCGUGAAUGAAGGUAUCAGUUACAACUCCUCACAGAAUAUAAAAACGAAUGUAACUGACUAUGAAGAAAUGCCCACUACAGCUUACACAAUAGCCAGCGAUGUUAUUUCUGUAACAAAGACUGACCAUUCCCCAUUCACGUGUACCACAAUGACCGCAAAUGUUGAUACACUUUCGAGGACUUCAAAUAUAGAAUCAUUCUCUGAAACAGCGUGUAGUGCCCUGCCAACCGAGAGAGUUAAAUUGACCGACACAUUUAAUCUACAAUCGUUUUCUGAUGAUAAAACUUCAGUACCCAUAAAUUCGCCGGUGUCUAAUACUUUCACGUCAACAACUAAUUCUAUAAUGGGAACUGAUAAAAGAAAAGUAGAAACAGUUACUGUUAGUAAUACUGAUACUGCUAAUUUAGAUCAAGAUCAUGAAACUGCUAGAAAAAUCGCUUUGUUACCCAAAGAACUUGUGGAGAUAUUGGGCACUAUGCCUGUUGAUCACCGUAACCAACUUCUGAACGUGCUGCCUCAAUACGUAUCCACUUCAACGUCACCCGUGUCUCCCACUAACACAGAAGAGGGUGUAAGAAAUCUACUAACGAGUGCAAAUACAAGUACUCUUAUAGAAAAUGAUUUUAAGUUUGAAACUAAGUCUGAGGAUGGACGAAUGAGUAAUACCAUACCUACAUCUUCUAAAAACUAUAAGUUUCCAGAGAUGUCUCCAAUUGCUGUGUCAAGUUCGAUACUUCUAACACCACCGACACCUCAAUUGUCCGAACGAUAUUCCGUGCAAUCACAGUCAACCGAAGACAGAACACCCUCAAAAGGUGUUCAUUUAAGUCAAUUAAAUGUUGCUCCAAAUAUGAUGGCGGUAAAAAGAUUAACAAACACUAUAGAAUAUAAUGACCCACACAAGGUAAUUGAUUUAACUAUUGAUGAAAAUUCGUCUGGAAAUGUCGACAUAACUAAUAUUGAAUCGGUUAUUCAGACGCAUACGCUCACUGUAUCUGCUAAAGAUGUCACUCCCACAGCGACCAUUUCUAAAUCGAACGUGGCCAAGACAAGUAAUGACAAAACUGCAAGCUUAAGAGCUGUUCGUAUAAAAACACCAUCUGAAAGACAUCGCUCAAUGUUGGCUGAAAAUAAGAUGGCCGCAAUACAAAACCAGAAUCUGCUUACUAUUCAUGUGCAAGAUGAGAUAAGCAAAGAUCCUGAUAACAUUAGUCCUAUGGCUAUACAACAGGCUGAGGUAAGCAGUACACAGCAACGUCAGAUACUGAAAACGUCUCAAAUGCAAAGUAUAUCUUCUAUGGAGGAAAAGACGCCUGAUGAAAAAGCUAUAGUUGAGAAAGAUGAUGGCAAAGCUCCUACAUUAUUAUCCUCCGAUAAAAUACAUUUUGUAAAGUCUACCGUUUCACAAGAAAUUAAAUUGAAUCCUAAUAGCAAUGGCCCUACUGCUGUUAGUGAGGACAACUCUACUUGUAAGGAAAAUUCUACUUCUAAGGAAAAUUCUACCUGUAAGGACAAUUCUACCUGUGGGGACAAUUCUACCUGUGAGGACAAUUCUACCUGUGAGGACAAUUCUACCUGUAAGGACAAUUCUUCCUGCGAGGACAAUUCUACCCGUGAGGACAAUUCUACCCGUGAGGGAAAUUCUACCCGUGAGGAUAAUUCUACCCGUGAGGACAAUUCUACCUGUGAGAACAAUUCUACCUAUGAGAACAAUUCUACCUGUGAGAACAAUUCUACCUGUGAGAACAAUUCUACCUGUGAGAAUAAUUCUACCUGCGAGGACAAUUCCACCUGUGAGAACAAUUCUACCUGUGAGAACAAUUCUACCUUUGAGGACAAUUCUACCAAAACUCAAGAUGAUUCAAUAAAUGUAUUAUCCAACAAAUUUCAGAACAGUGCCUCUGAUAGCAAUAAAAAUAUUGAAACUAUUCAUGAUAUAUCUACGAAAGAAAAUGAUAAAAUCCAGUCGCAGCCCGAUACUCCCAAAAAAUCGUCGGUGACAGAUGAAGACUCGGAAGAUGACGUUUCAUUAGCUGUUAUUGUAAAACAAAAACACCUAGAUUCCAAUUCAACUCCUGAUGCUCAGAAUAUUAUGAAAAUUGAUGUACAAAGUAAACCACCUGCAAAUAAAAGGAAAAGGAAAACUAAAAAAAAUAACAAGUCUGUAGAGCUUGAUUAUGAUAAAUCCUUAAUAGAAGAUAAACAUGGAUCUAUUACAAAUUCGCCCACGGGGACUAUAAGCGAAAUUACGACAAAUAAAGACAGAGUGUGUAAUGAAAGUAAUUUGAUCGAUACGAUACCCUACUGUAAGAAAAACGCUAGAAAAGGGAGACGUCUUAACAUCGUGCAAACUGUUGAAUUCUCUGAUAAAAAAGAUCAGACUAUUGCCACAAACGAUUAUGAAAAUGAAAUAAAUAAAGAAAACAAUGUGUCUUCUGACGUAGGUAAGAAAUUGGAAUCUUCUGACGAAUCAUUUAAAUUGAAACCUAUUGAUCAAGACCCUAAUCGAUCACCGUCUGUUAAUGCAAUAGUUAAUUCAGAUAACUACAACAAGAACUCUAUGAACCUAACGGGAAAGAAAGAUAUGACUAAAAAAAGUACACAAAUAAGUACAGAUUGCGACCAUUCAACAGAUGCCAUAACAGAAACCAAUAAAGAUGAAAGACCAUAUGCAAAUCAAAAUGAUUCUCAAUAUAAUCUUCCUCAAAGUUCUUUAAAUUUGUCUCCAACUGAGAAGUGUUUUUCACCACAUCACUCAGGUACUGAAAGUAAAGUAGUUAUCUGCAAUGCAGAUGUAGCAGUCAACCAAGACUCUGACUUGAAUAAAUCUGGGAAACCUAAAGAAAGUGGUCUAAAAUCGACGAAAACUAAAAAAGUUACUAUGGAGCUUUGUCCUGCUACUGAUGACAAUCCUGCUACUGAUAUUGAGUUGGAAGAAACAAAUAAUGUUCCUCUAAGACGUAGCCGACGUGGAAAAUCAUUAUUUGUCGAUAGUAACUCAACUAAGGCUGUCAAUCCCGUUCCUAGAGAUAAUGCUGUUGAACAAAGAACUCCACUUACCAAAAAACAGUUAAUAUUUUCAAAACUUUUGUUAGAUGAAGCAAAUCAUAGUAAAAUAACAUCAAAUAAAAAAAUUGUUGAAGAAAAUCUUAAUACAACUGCAUUAAAUAGUAUCGCAAAUAAAGAUGAAGAAAACUUUGAUAUUAUCCCAAAUAUUAUUGAAGAAAAGCUUCACACGACGUUGUUAAAUUCUUUGCCACAUAAUGACGAGCAAAAUCUACAUCGAACUUCUUUGAGUACUAUGCCACUGGUUACGGAAGACAACGUUCAUAAAACAAUAUUGAAUACUAAACCUCAUACGAUUGAAGAUGAUCUGCAUAAAACUUCUGUAAAUAAUACUAUUAAAAAUAUUAUUGAAGAAAAUCACCAGAAAGAAUCCAAGAAUACUAUUUCUCUUCUUGAAGAAAAGUCAGAUAAAAAGACUUUAAAUAUCAUCCCGAAUAUUAUUGAUAAUAACCCCAAAGAACCUUUGAAUAAAAUUCUGAACGAAGACAAGAAAGACAUAAUUUCAAACAUUGCUCCAAAAGUACAAAAAAAUCAAAUAGAGUCGCAAUCGAAGUUGUUUACAGAAUGUAGUGUCAGAAUAGUUGAAAAUGAAUCCAUCAUAAAAUUUCAACAAAAUAAACGGACACUAUUAGUAUCAAAAAGGAAAUCAAAAAAGAAAAAAUCAUUGUCAAAUCAAAUGAAAUCUGAGCGUACUGAUGUAGAGUUACAAAAUAAAAUAAAUACAGAAAAUAAAGUUAUCGAAGGUGCAAAAAUUACAAUUAAAGUAACUCUUUCACAUGAAGAUAGGGUUUCUGAAACAUUACCUUUGAAUGAUAAAGAGUUGGUAAAACAAGACAAGAAUGAUGUAAUGAUUGACUGUGAUGCUACAUGUUCUGAUUUUAAUUAUAAUAAUACGAGUCCUAAACUUCUAUCAAUUGAAAAAAGAAAAUCUUGUUCACCAUUAAGACAUAAUUUCUUAUCAAGCUCUAAGCCAAAGAAAUGUAAGCUUAAUGAUAAAACUGAAAAUAAUGUGGCUGCAACAAUAAGUAAGAAUGAGGAAACUGGAAAGGCAAUUGAAUUAAAAACACCUGAAAAUAACAGUAUAGUUAGUACUCGAAUCACUACUUGUUACAAUAAACCUGCUAGACGUGUAAGGUCGAAGUCUGUUGUUGUAAAAUCAUCUGGGUCCGAUUUCUAUGAUCCUUAUGACAUAGACUUAGAAGAUAUGGCCGAUAAAACUGAACCGUUCGUUAGAAAAGAAAUACCACCAAAAAUUACUUUUAUUCCUUUUAAAUCUAUUACUGCUAAAACACGAAAAUUGAGUAAAACUGCACCUUCUGCUAUUAUAGACAUUUCACCGAUAGAAUUUCCAGAUCAUGCACCUUCAACGAGUGCUGAUAAGAAUAUUCUUGUUUGCGAUAAUGAUAAAUGUCACAGUCACAAAAAUAUUAAAACUAACUGUAAUGAAAAAACACACAGCAUCAAAUAUAUUAGUAGUGAUUCUGAUGAAUCUUCAAAAAGUGACGAACCCUUAAAAAUAUAUGCUGAGAAAAAAGAGAAAACAUUGGCAGAAUUAUCACUUACGAUGGGUUGCAAAAUAUCUAGUGAAAAUAUUAAUGACUCGAAUGAGCACUUGCAUGAUAAAUCAAAAACACGAAAAAAGAAUAGUCUAUCAAUUUUAAUGAAUAAAAAAGAGGAAAUUAUAUCAAGUGAUAAAAUUGAUAAUGAAAAAGACCGUCGAUCGGAACAAUUUAUGGAAAGCUUUGGUUUCUUUUCUGAAAGGAAACCUCGUAAAUCAAAUUUGCUUGCAACCAAAAAAAUAUCUGAAACCUUGGCUAAGGAAAGCGACGAUGUUUAUUUUUCGACAAAAGAACGUAGUGGUAAAAAGCAUGCAACGGACAACAGAAAAGAAGAUAGUAGAUGUUCAAAGGGAUCGUCGGGCUCACCAUCCAAGAGGCGGGAGGCAGCGAGGCGCGGUAGAAAAAAGAAGAGUUGCUCACCGAAUGAAUCAAGAUUUUGCACAGUAUGUAAGAAAUCAUUUCGUAGAUCUGAUAAUUUCUUGCGACAUCAAAUGACUUUAUAUCAUGUGUCUAGACUAUGUGAAGUAGAACUGAAAGUUAAGUCACUAAUAAUUGAAGAGGAACCAAAUUAUUUAAUAGCUUAUAGGCAACAGUUAGAAAAGUUAAAAUUUUUGCAGGAUAAAAUAGCCAAAAGGAAAAAGAAUAGCUUACCUACUUCUGAUAUUAUUUUACCAACAUUACAAGAAAUUAUAGCCGAUGUUAAAAAUACAAUCCGAGAACAAAAAUUAUCUCGGAGAAAGUUAAGUAGGGACGAAGCGUUAUUUUUAGAUUGUUGUGAAAUGUUAAAACAAUCACAUAAAAAAAAUGUACCUGAAAAUAACCGUGUUCGACAAUGUAACAGUUUUAAUUGUCCGCAGACGUGUGAAGACCAAUUGGCAUUGGAAAGUGUUAAUCUGGGCGACAAACGCGAAAUAAAAUGUGACGAGGACAUGGAUUCAAAUACGGCGAAAACUAUAUUAGAAAGUGAUGAAGUACGUAAUUUGGAAAAUGACUUGAUCUCAAACCUUAAAAAAGCGUCUGGUCUUAAGGGAUUUACCAGCCUCCGGAUAAAGUCAUCGGACGAAUUGAGAGAGAAAGUUCCACAAGCAACAGCUACUGCAUCUAAUUAUCAAAGAAAAGUUAACUUUCAGGAAGUAGAAGAACCUGUACCAACAAAGAACAUUCGACACUCAGAUGUAAAAGAUAAAAUGUACCCCGACAUAAAUGAUACUAUCGAUAUAUUUGAAGAUAAAUUCGACAAAAUCAAAAGAAAAUGCAGGUCACAAGCAGCAGCCGCAAAGCAAAUUCAGAUACAGGUGGAUCCAAAUCUCAGUAACAAAACCCGAAAGAAAUCUGACAGAAAGAAAGUGAAGAGAAGCUCUAAAAAAAGUCAGAACGUGGUGCCCACCAAAGGCGCUUUGAAAGGAUUUGACGGCGUAAAGGUUUCAAUUUCAACAUCGGAUAUCAAUAUGUCGGCCUAUGCUCCUUCCGCAGGGAGUUCAUUUAAAAGGAAUAGGAAGAACAAUACUAAGAAGAAAAGAGAGCGAAAAAGUUCUGGUUUAAGCAUUGAAUCCGGCAGCAAUCAAGUCACUAAAGAACCAUCUCAAAAAAAAGUUGAUGUGUACGAAUUCUUGGAUACAGAAGAUACUGAAUUGUUUGAGUUCAGACCUUCUACCUUAAUGGAGCGAUUCAAAAGCUUUAAUAAGGAUUCACCAAGCACAUCGAAACGCGAUGCGCAUGCCAAUGAGGUAGCUCAUACUUCCACUGACAGUGUAUCUGAUGGUGAUGACUUUGUUUAUAUGGAUGACCUCGCAUUUAGUGAAGACGAAACUGAAAAUAGUGUACUCUCAUGUGAGAUGGGUUGUGUGAAAGGCAAUAAUGAGACUAAAAAGUCAUCUCCUCUUAAAAGGAAGGAUGUAAUUGAGAAGAAUGCUGUGAUGGGAAAAAUAUUCAAGCACAAUGCAGUACGUAAUGAUAAAAAGAACAUCAAACAGUUGGCCAAACCAAAAGCUAAUCUCGAUCAGUUAUUUGAUAGCUUACUUGAAAAAGAGCCUAAAGAACAAUUGAAAGAUGAAGAUCCUCCCAAAGAAAGCACUUCGUCUUCGAGCACGUACUGUAGAAUAUCGCCGCUAAGGAGAGAUAUGCUGUACUCGAAACACAACGACUUACCUCCCGUCGUGUUAUCAAAGAAACCUGUGCCGAGUAUGACUGUGACUCCUUUUGAAGAGUUAAUUAGUCAAAGAAACGCCGCGGCGUAUAAAUAUGAAUCCUCUAAAGAUUUUACCAAAACGCAUCAAGUGUUAAAGUUCGAUACUCCUUUCAGCAAGUAUAGAAAAGCUGCCGAUGUCGCUGAAAAAGACGAUUACAAAUCCAAGUACCUCGAUUCUUUGCCUGCGAGAGAUAUAGAUUACACUUUCACAGAACAUCAAUCAAAAGAGAAACUACUCGCAGAGAAACUGGGUAUCACGAAAAGAAAGAGCGAUGAAGCAUACACUUACACAGAACAUCAAUCAAAAGAGAAAUUACUCGCGGAAAAAUUGGGUAUGACGAAAAGAAAGAGCGAUGAAAUAUACACUUUCACAGAACAUAAAUCAAAAGAGAAAUUACUCGCAGAGAAAUUUGGUAUUACGAAAAAAAAGAACGACGAAAUAUACACUUUCACAGAACAUAAAUCAAAAGAGAAACUACUCGCAGAGAAAUUGGGUAUUACGAAAAAGAACGACGAAAUAUACACUUUCACAGAACAUAAAUCAAAAGAGAAACUACUCGCAGAGAAAUUGGGUAUUACGAAAAGAAUGAGCGAUGAAGUAAUGGAGUCAUUCCGGGUGGAUUCGCCGGAAGAGGAGAUAUCGUACGAGGACGCCGGCGUGGCCAGGCAGAGAGCGCGGCGGAAAUGUACGGUCGGGAAGCAGAACGUGCUGGCGGAGACUUGGAGCUCAGAGUCGGAGCCGGACGCGGCGCCCCCGAGGCCCAACAGCGCCGAGUCGGUAAUCCCCUCGCACGUGCGCAAGCGUAAGGCGCGCAAGCCAGAGGGGCGCGAGGCGUUUGGUGCGCGGAAGACUGCGCGUGCGCGCGGCCCCAUGGCGCGCGCACGGCCUGCGGGUUGGUCCGAGGGCGAGGGCGAUCACACGCCUGAACACCCGCAGCAGCACGGCUGGAUCGUCGGCGACAGCCACAAGAAGCUCGUCACCAUGCUGGCGCACGCGAAGGGACGAAAGCGCAGCUACGACGACAACCGGCAAGUGCUCGAGUGAGCCGGGCGCACUUUACCUACUGCCAGCUUGCAUGACGAAUCCAAAAUUCCAUAUCGCUAAAUAAACGCGGGUAGUGUCGAAUGCGUUGGCUGCAGCUCGCAUUGUAAUUUGCGAACGGCUCUGUGGUGAUCUAAUCCAAUUGUAAAUAUUUUGUAAAUAGUAUUCUUGCUCUUUUAUGAAUGUCAUUUUUAUGACAUUUCGACCACACAACUUUUUAAUCUAAAUUUUAAUUACUUUCAGUUUUGUACAUACUGUAUAUCGUUUUAUAUUAUUAUUUAGUUGAAUUUUAAAUCUACUUAGUUCAGGCGAGGGUGUUUUUAUAAUGGUUUAAAAAAAAAUAUAGUUUACUUUCUGUACUAGCUCAUUUUCUAGCGGAUUAUAUAUUAAUUAAUUAUGAAUUCGUCCUCUAUAUAUUUAAUUAUUGAAUUUAAAUUGAAUACUAAAAUGUUUCUUGGGAGAAAUGAAAACGUAUUAUCUUUCAAUGAAGCAUGAGCUAAAAGCAUAGGCGUUCGUAGAGUUAGUCGUAGAAUUUCUGCGCUAAAUUGAUGUUUUAAUUAAAUAGGAAACUUUCAACCAUAUAUAAUAUACUUAAAUCUUAUCUUUGCCAGCUCGUUUUAACUGAGUUAUAUUAACUACAAAAAUGAAGCGAUUUUUUUUUGCCGUUAGCUUCGGCACCAAAUGGAUGAAAAAUUUAUUUUAAUAAUUAAUACAAAAUUGCAAACAUUUAAGAUAUACGUUAUAAUAUUUUAUAACGUUCGAAAAUGUUUUGCUUUAAUAUAAUUUUAUUUUGGUUAUAUUAUUUUUAAGAUGCUGCGACAUGUAAAUAAGGUAGAUGUCAGUUCCAUUAUUCAAAUAUAUGAUAUAAACUGAAGUUCAUAGUAUGUCACACCCUUUUGUGUGAGGUCAGUUAGCAGAUAAUCAGUUACAAUGAAACUUUUUUGUGAUUACAUUUCUUGUAAUUGCAAUGUAUUAGUUGUAAAAUACUUGCAUAAUAUGCAAUACGCGUAUAUAGUUAUUAUUGUGUUUGAAUUGUAUUGUGAAAGGAAAAUAAUUUAUUUACAAACACUUUCUUUAAGUUCAAAUGAAAGAGGUAAUUUUGAUUUGAUUUGAAAUCGACGUUGAUAGCCCUGUAACGCGUGACCAACAUGGUUUAUGAUCGUGAAACUUUUGGAUAGUUUGGUUUAGACACCCCUUUAAAAUUUACGAAAGUGUACUUACGCAGUAGUUGACGUCAGUUACGCGAUGUGAGACUAUCAACGGUGACAUGUGCGCACGAGGAUGAUGACGUGGCCUAGAUGUAAUAUUAUUUUGAUUUUUGUUAGCUAUUUUUUAUGCAUUAGAUCUUGGAAUAGUGACCGCACGAACAUUUAAGCUUUAGUUAUCUAUAUUUUCUAGUCCAGAGAAGAAAAUUCUGCGGGCCCGUUAUCAGCCUCGGAACUUUUUUUGUUCGGUUAUGUUAUCCGUUAUUAGAAGAAGACUUAUUUUAAUGGUUUACUGGAAUACUGACUUUAUGUGUGGAAUGAAUUAUCACCAUACUUAUAAUAUUACUAUAUAGGUGUAUGUUUAGUGAAUAGUUGAACGAAUUUUCCUUAAAUAAAGCUCAACGUUAAAAUUUCCUUUAAAAUAACCUGCACCGUUUAGGCCAGCGCAGAGCGGAAUGGCAAAUCCCGCAUGUAUUUUUUAACUCAUUUCUUUCUCCAGUCUUAAAGUCGUUUUUUUGCUAACUCCGGCCAGCUAGGUAAUACCUGCGUGGAACGGAUUGACGAACUUGUUAUAAUUUAGAUUUUUUUUUUAUUUUGAUCUACAUUGCAAUGCACUGACGGGUCAUCACGCCAUUUCUGUAAAGCAAUCCUGCGUGAAUUAAGAAUGUUACCGUAAACGUGUUAGUGCAUGCGAUACCAUACCGCUUUGUCUGCGCUUACCGUAAUUUAUUACCCAUCGAAUAGUUUCGUAGUGUUUUAUGGAAAUAAAUAAUUAUUGAUACCAAUAUGGGCUGCAUAUACAGGUCCCCAAAAUAAAUGUAUGUAGCGUGUUAAGUAACUUACUUUAUUAGUAAUUUAAUAACCUAUGUACUAAGAUUUUAAUCGUAGAUGCGCCUUCUUUUGUCACGUGCCAGUCGGUAAUACAUGGGCAUAUCUAGGAUUUGAGUCUGCCUUUCAAUUAAUUCAACCGUCAUCUCGAAUAUUAUCUGUACUCACUUGAUAUUCCAGUAUCCUGUAAAAGUCCAUUGCUAUAGAUAUUGUUACGGGCGAUAAUGUUUGUUUAAUAGCGUAUGAUACCAAUUGUUGUUUUGGCGGCGACUGCCUUUCUUCUGACCUCUUGGAUAGGGCGCUAUUUUCAUGCCCAUUAGUUAAAUGUAACGUCUAAAUGUUUUCCAAAAUCUGUGUUAUUUAAGGUGAAAUAUUAAGAAUUAAAAUAUUAUAUACGUUUAAAUAUAUGUGGUAUAUCA